AAACUCCCUCUAAGUCGCCGCACCCCGUCGCGAAUCCCGCACCCGCACCCGCACCCGAUCCCCAAAUCCCCCCGGCGGCGAUGGCGGCCAGCCUGUGGCGCGCCGUGAUGGACAGCGUCAGCGGGUCCUCCUCCUCCCCCUCGGCGCCCGACGCCGCGUCCGGCGGCGUCGAGUUCUGGCACGGGGCCGAGCGCGCGGGGUGGCUGAACAAGCAGGGCGAGUACAUCAAGACGUGGCGGCGGCGGUGGUUCGUGCUCAAGCAGGGGCGGCUCUUCUGGUUCAAGGACCCCGCCGUGACGCGGGCCUCUGUGCCCCGCGGCGUCAUCCCAGUCGCCUCAUGCCUCACCGUCAAGGGCGCCGAGGACGUGCUCAACCGCCAGUUCGCCUUCGAGCUCUCUACCCCCGCCGAGACCAUGUACUUCAUCGCCGACUCCGAGAAGGAGAAGGAGGAGUGGAUCAACUCCAUCGGCCGCUCCAUCGUCCAGCACUCCCGCUCCAUCGCCGACGCCGAGGUCGUCGACUACGACAGCCGCCCCCAGGCCACGGCGCAGCCCAAGGAUAGCGAGGAGAAUCAGCCAGCAGCGUAACAUCGCGGUGAUCCCUGUGAAUCUCUCGAUAUGGCUCUCAAUUGUAAUAUAUGUACUUCCAAGUGAUUGUGGGCUUUGUUCCUUCACCCUUAAUUAUAUAUGUAUAUUAACCAUCAAUGACUUGGUGUGGCAAUAAAUGGUAUUUCGUGCAUUAUUUUUUA